GAGAGCAGGGUCUCAGCAUCCCACCCUGCAGGAGAGAGAAGGGAGGAAUCUACAUCAUGUCCUGUCUCCACAUCAGAGGGAUCUUUCUCACUCUGUGUUUGGCUUCAAAUGCUUUGUCGAGCCUGCACCCUGAAUGCGAGUACAUAUUUCAUCUGGAGAAAGAGGAGCGGCUCUGCCUUCAGUACAUUGCAGCGCAGGGCAACAGAAGCACAGAAGGUUGUCGACUAUUCUGGGAUGCAGUCACCUGCUGGCCUCAUGCAGCCGUCGGGGAAGCGGUCCAAAGAGCUUGUCCUGCCGUAUUCUCCCUCUUCAAAAACAACACAGGUUCAGUGAGCCGUAACUGCACCAGCGGAGGUUGGUCCAGACCUUUCCCACCGUACCACAUCGCCUGCAGUGUGGAUGAUGACAUUCCUGAGACAGAGCAGUCGUACUUUGCCACAGUGAAGCUGAUUUACACCGUCGGCCACAGCGUCUCUCUAGUGGUGCUGGCUGUUGCUGUGUGCAUCCUGUUGUUCUUCAGGAGGCUGCGUUGUGCCAGGAACUUUAUUCACAUCCAGCUCUUCAUCACAUUUAUCCUGAAAGCGGUGGCGGUGUUCAUAAAGGAUGCAACUCUUUUCUCAAGUGACGACACCAACCAUUGCACCCUUUCCACAUUUGCCUGUAAGGCUUCUGUGGUCUUCUGUCACUACUGUGUAAUGUCCAAUUUUUUCUGGCUCCUGGUGGAGGCACUUUACCUCAACUCCCUGCUGCUUUCGUCCUUUUAUCACAGUCGUCGGUGCCUCUGGGGCUUCAGCCUGCUGGGAUGGGGUGUACCUGUGCUCUUCAUCGCCCUGUGGAUUGGAUCCAGGAUGUAUUUUGAGGACACAGAAUGUUGGGACAUCAACGAGGACUCGCCCUAUUGGUGGAUCAUCAAGGGACCAAUAGUUGUGUCUAUAGCGGUCAAUUUCAUUCUCCUUAUGAACAUCAUCAGAAUCCUGGUACAGAAGCUGAAUCCUCGGCUGAUCCACUUCAACAACUCCUCUCAGUACAGACGCCUGACGAAGUCAACGCUGCUCCUCAUCCCUUUGUUUGGUACUCACUACAUGGUCUUCAAUUUUCUGCCUGACUACUUCAAUGUUAGCCUGCGCCUCUGUAUCGAGCUCUGCAUGGGAUCCUUCCAGGGGCUUCUUGUAGCCAUUCUCUAUUGCUUUCUCAAUCAAGAGCCUGAUGCUGCAUGUUGUGGACGUAUGCAUGUGUGCAGGUGCAGAAAGAGGUCCACAUGCAGUGGCUGAGGUGGCAGGAGCGGAGUUAUGGUGUUGUGUCACCUGCUGCAAAAUGCAGCCAGAUGGACACACCCUUCUAGUGGUGGCCGUCACCCUUUACCUACAGGUCAUCUGCUCAUUGGACGUUCACUGAGGAUCGCUUCUGCUCUUCUCAUCAUCACCCAAUGGGCUGCUCAGAACGGACAUGUCUGCAAGUUUUCAUUCCAAACUACGAUGGCUGCAAAAAAGGAGCAUGUUUAUGAAAUCUAAUUACAUUUUACACACAUUUCAAGACAGAUCCUGCCAAUUUCAUAUGCAUUUCCCAUAAGACACUGGGGCAAUAACUUGAGAAAUUUCAGCUUCAAGAUUUCCUUGGCUGCCUCACCAGUGAAAUUAAAGAAUGAUACAUUUGCUGAGCUGAGAGUUUAACCUUUAAUUAGUUUCAGUAGCAAUGGGUUUUAACAUAAUGAAACACAAUCUUAGCGAGUGUCUAUUUGAAUGUAGUCUCUGUGUAGGUGCUAACGUAACAUUCAGUGGAAUAAUUCCAUUUCUUACCAUUAAAAUGGGUUAUUAUUAACGACUUUAAUAUUAUUCAACGGUAUUAUAACGUUGUAUUACAUAACUUAAGUUUCUUUUGGUCUUUGCACAUAUAUGUUUGUUUGUAUAUUUAAUGCAUUACAGUGCAUUGAUUUGCAUAGAAUGAUACAAUUGUAUAUAUGAUUGGUUAGAUUAAUGUUUGUAUUCUUGUGUUAUAAGCUGAUAUUUUCCUCAUGAUAAAAAGUCAUGCAAAAUAUUGAAUCAGUGCCCAGUUUUGCACCAUCCUCUUGUUACAAAUGCAUACAAUACAAUAAUUAUUUUGCCUAAAAGUGUAUAAAGUAGUCGACUGUCAGAUUGUUGCUUCAUACACACUUCUCUCUGUUGUUGCAUGUGGAUGCUGCUGCUGCUGCUGCUGCUGCUGCUUUUAUUGUGCCUCUCUUUGUGAUGUUUUAAUGCCUUGUAGAAAAAACAGGUUAUUGCAAGUUAAAGCACUCAAAUGUUUACUCAGCUUCUUUAUGGAUCUCUGCAACCGCUUUCACAAAAUGUAGAUAUCAUCAGCUGGCAGCUACGAAAUGUCAAAUCACUGAUCAAAUCUAAAGCCAUCAAAGUUAUUAUUGCAGCUGCAUUUCAUUUAGAUACAAUCUUGAAACAGUUUGUGUUGAUACAGAAAUCCUGUAUCACUUUUCAUGAAGAUUGUUUUCCUAACAAUGUCAUUCAUAAAGAGCAACAUGAAAGUAUUUUGUAAAAUUCCACUUUUGCUUCACAAGGAAAACCUGAAUAAAUGUUAUUUAUUACUCGU